AUGUUUGCCAAGGUAGCCUUGUUGGUAUUAUCUUUGCUCCAGCUUGGAGUUGUGGAUGCUCAGAACUGUGGCGUGAGCCGCCGUCGCCCAUGGAGAUCCCUCUCUUGUCAAGAACAGCAGGCGUACAUUGAUGCGGUGGUGUUGAUGAAAAACAGUGGAAUCUACGAUGAGAUUACUCGCGUCCAUCAGAACUCUGGCAAUGACAACCAUUUCGUGCCUCCCUUUUUGCCCUUUCAUCGCUGGCUGAUUUGGAUCUUUGAGAGGGAGAUGCAGCGAAUGACAGGCACUUGCAUCACUGUCCCGUACUGGGAUUGGGAGCGUGGUUCCAGAGGCCAAGCAGUAGCGCCCAUUCUCAUGCCAUGGUCCUUUGGAAGCAACAAUGGUGGAGGAUGCACCACCGAUGGAAUCACUCGAAACUGGAGAGUAGCUGAAAAUGGCGGAUGCCUUAUCCGUCGAUUUCAAAACCAGAUUGGCUUGAUUCGUGAUGUGGAGAUUUUGAACCGAAUUGUCAACCAGCCAACCCAUGCUCAAUUCUGGCCUUCGUACGAAGCUGCCCCUCACACAAACCCUCAUGACUAUAUCGGUGGCCCUAUGGAAGGUUUCUGGGCUCCUGAUGAUCCAAUCUUUCAUUUGCAUCAUUCCAAUGUUGACCGACACUUCGCUCUUUGGCAGAACUUCCAUAACCACGAUGGCGUACCCGUGGGUCAACUGGGUGGACAGCACUACAGCGCCAACAUUGAUGCUCCCAUGCGAAUCCGUCAAGGACCACGUGUCAGCUUUAAUGCUCCGGGUACAAACCGUCCUCCAACCAUCCGAGAAGUCAUGAUGAUUCGAGGUGGGAUCAUUAAUGUUCAAUACGUCGAUGACGAACUAGCUCUGAUGCUUCAGAGAACUGACCCUAGGUUUGACAACAAUCCAGGAUGGCAUGUUCCCGGGACUGUUCCAACCCGAGGAUGUAGCGCCAAUGGUGGCGGUGGAAAUCCCCCUCAAGGAGGAGGCGGCGGUGGAAAUCCCCCUCAAGGAGGAGGCGGUGGUGGUAAUCCCCCUCAAGGAGGAGGCGGUGGUGGUAACCCCCCUCAAGGUGGUGGACAGCAACCACAGUGCCAACGAGUUGGCCAGCGAUGCCAACGCAACCGACACUGCUGCAGUGGCCAGUGCCGACGAAGUACUGGCAGAUGCCGUCGCAGGAGGAAUGGCGAACGUCGUGCACUCGAAGAAGGAUUGGAAGCGCCUCACUUUUCGAGCCCGUGGUUGGAAGAUCGUUGGACCGAGCUCAUGUCGAUGGAGGAAUACCGCAACAACAGUGGACGAAUCUGGCAAGUCUUGGGCCGUGAAGACUGUGAACGCAGGGCCGCUAUUGCUGCCGCCAACAACGACAACCUCAUUGACGGUCCCUCGCCUCUCAGUGUGGUGAAGCAUCACGCCAAUGUCACCAGCUAUUACGUGACGAGAGACAACAUCUACGUCGAUGGCAACUUGACUACCAUGUUUGACUGUCAUCAUGCCAUUGACAUCUAG